AUGAUAGCUGGGGCCUUUUCUCGUGACAAUCGAGCUACAAAUAUGAAGAGGAGGUCUACACCUCGCUCACGUGGAGGAUGCUAUAGUUGCAGAGCUAAAAAAACCAAAUGCGAUGAGGGAAAGCCAUCUUGUGAGAAAUGCAUUCGAGCUGGAUGGGAGUGUCCUGGAUACGAUGAUUCGUCCGAAUCAAAAAGCUCAAACUUGUUUUUGACGUUUGCGAUCACUGGUAAAGGCCCUCCGUCACGGACAGUCCCAGGCUUCGUUCCUUCAACGUUGAGAACGGGCGGCUCUUCGCACCUUAAGAAAGAUCUUCUACUACUUGGACGCCAGAGAGCGUUGCCUGACAUGUCACUGAAAGACCAGGAUAAGAACCACGAAACUGAGGAUUCCGUUGAAGAUUUCUCACGAGCAGUGACACGUUCGAUACUCAAAACAUCUAAGGGAUUCCCCAUAAAUUCCCCGGGUAACGAUAGCGAGAAGCUGCUCUUGCACUAUUAUCAAUAUGAGGCACUGCAAGAUUUACGCGGAUUCACAACAGACAAUUUCUGGCACGAUUCAAUCUUACUAUACAGCCAUGAAUUUCCAAUUGUACGGUCCGCACUUUUGGCACUGAGCGGAUUCCAUAGAGAACGCCUGACUGGAAGCCCUACUGCGGCUGCUGAUCAUGAUGUCGCUCUCCGCCAAUACAACAAAGCACUUCGAUUUGUGCGAAGUUAUUUGGCUAAUAAUAUCCAGCCGUCUGUCGAGAUUAUACUCAUGUGCUGUUUGCUCUUCUAUUGUAUUGAAACUCUCCGAGGCGAUGACCUAGUAGCCGUGAGACAUGCAAAGGCUGGAAUUGAGAUCUUCAAAACGUGGAAGCCUAAAACUGCAUCGGACACGGAAUCAGAGAGGGCCAAUUUUACACCUCACUUCGCGACUUUAGAUGUAGUCUUCAGUCAAUGGGCAGGAUCUUCUGCCCCGAUUUUAGUCUUAACAACACAGGAAGAACGAUCAGGAAUUACGCCGCUGUUCCCAACGCCGCUACCGACAAUGAGCCACGCAAACGAAGCAUUUCUCAAGCUGAUAAACUGGGGGCGCCAUCUUCUUGAACCGCAGCGACUUGGCCAGUAUAGAAGCCUUGGAAGAGUUCCCAAAUCGCUGAUCGACGAAUUAUCGUUCUUUGGAGAACAAUAUAUUUCAUGGGAGGGUGCAUAUAGCCCACUUCUAGCCUACCAGGAAUCGCUACCAUCAACGCUCUGGGCGGAGAAAGCGAGCGUCCUGACUCUCUACUCGUCGUACAUUCUUUUAAAGUUGGAACUAUACCAUCUCUUCGCAGGGUUUGACCCUCUAUGGAUGAGUACAGAUGUCGACGGAUGUUACGAGAAGAUUUUGAGUAUUGCCAAAACGCUCCAUGAUGGAUUGAUGUCAAGCGAUUCGAUCAAUGCGAGGGGAAGAUCAUAUCUCUUCCAUGGCGGGGUGACGGGUGCUCUGUCUUAUACUGCGAGCAGCUGUUUGGACAUGACCAAAAAGAGAAGAGCUUUACAGAUGAUGAAGACCUGGCCUAUAAAAGAGGGAUCCUUCGAUGGAAAGAUGGCGGCUCGAGGAAUUGAGAAAGCGAUGGCUCUUUGCACCAUCCCCGCCAUGGCAGAUCGCGAGGAAACCUUUGACCACGCGACGUUUAUGAACAUUGUCUGGACGAUGGUAGCAAACGAGAAAGACAUCCAUUUUAAUGUUGUUGAGCCAUUGAGGGUUCUCCAGCCGACGGCACUGGGCCACGAUGGUGGACCAUAG